ACAAGUCACAAACUCACUCUUCAACUCUGACUCAAGCUCCGAGCCAACGAACGCCGCAACCCUCUAAGUCACCAACCAUACAUCCUUCUGUUUAUCACAUUCCACGACAACAGAACCAAUUCAAAAACAACGAACAACCCCAACUCAUGAGAAGAAAGAAUGUCCCAUCACUGCCACGACGAACACUCCCACACCGGCGGAGAAGCGGAGCACGACCACGACCAUGACCAUUCAGACGACAUCACGCCGGCCCUGCAGUUUUCCUUGUACCAGCACAUCAACUUUAACGAGGUCACGGCGCUCAACGAGGCCGUGUAUGGGUCGGCGAGGGAGGUUGUGAAGAAGACGUGGGCGGAGCGGUUGGCGGCUGACCCCGAGGUGGAGAGUGAUGUGGAUGAGCAGGUUCUUGUGAACGUGCCGUUUACGGGCCAGGUCAAGCUGCACUCGAUUCUGCUGCGCACGUCGGAUUCGGACUCGGCGCCAAAGACCUUGAAGGUCAUCAUCAACCGCGACGACGUCGACUUUGGCGUCGCUGAGGAGACGAGCGGGACGCAGGAGUUUGAGCUGAGCCGCACGGCCGAGGUGCAGGAGCUGCCUGUGCGCCGGGCGCGGUUCAACGCGGUCCGCCGGCUGACGCUCUUCUUCCCGGACAACUUUGGCGACGGCGAAGAGGACGUCACGCGCAUCUCGUAUAUUGGGUUCAAGGGCGAGUGGAUGCAGCUCGGCCGGGCGCCGGCGAGUAUCAUCUACGAGGCGGCGGCGAACCCGGGGGAUCACAUGAUCAAAGGGACGAACGUGAACCAGAUGGGGAGCGGGAUUGGAGGGCCGGGGCCGGGUAAGUAAGAGACACAGUGAGAGUGGGGGUGAGGUUCACGCUGGCUUAAUUGCCUUGAUCUCGCACGGCGAGCGUAGCGGGCUACAUGAAGUCAUCCUCCCAGUUCUCGUCGCGGUUCUGGUUGCUGGUGGCCUCCAUGUUCUCCUCGGUGAAGAGGUCGUCGUAGGCGUGGUCCUUCUGCCACUUCUUCUCCUGGCGCUCCUUGGCGAUGCGGGCCUCCUCUUUUUUCUGUCCAUUUUUCUUUUCAGUGAUUGCUGGUUCCGGGCUAGGAGAUGGAUGAGAACUCACCCUCGCCAGCUGGGCGGCCUGGUCCUUCUUGCGCAACUCCCGCAGAUGAUCCUCCUUCUCCUGCUUCAGGUCGGGGUACUUUUCGACCUUGGUCUUGUUGAGGCGGUUGACGAUGG